AUGGAUACGGGUAAAGCUGACAUGCUGGGGUCCGGAGACAAGCAGCUGGAAGGUCUAGAGGAGGCCGGAGGCGCGAAGAGGUUGGAAGGAGACACUCCUGGGAAGGGCUCGUCCAGCUGCGCGGACGGCGUGCCACCCCCUCGUGCACAAGGCACAGUCGCAUGGAUAGCGAGCCCUCCACUGACUCGUCUCAUCACAUUCGGUCGCCGCAUACACACAGAAGCUCUAGCAAGGUAUGAGGAAACGUAUCCACGCGUACUCGACACCCUCAGACGCGUCCUCAAGCUCUGCGGUCUCACCCUUAUGAUCAUCUUCGUCGUCAUGCUCGCAUCCUGGUUCAUGGCCCUAUCACACUGGUUCACCGUCUUCUUCGGCCACUUUGUGCUCCGAUAUACCUUCCCCCAAUUCCUCGACGACGCCUUCGCGAAGAAGAACCUCGACUUCACAGCGAUCUUCGCCGCCAUCGGUGCGCUCGUGGUCAACCUCCCUCCGUUCCUCAUCUUCCUGCUCUCCGUUCCCCUCACGUUCGAUCGCACUGUCCUCGAGGGGAGCGCGGCGCCUGCGAACGACUUCAUCAAGCGCAUCACACCGAACAACUGGUAUGCGCUGAUGUUCCUCAAGUAUGCGCCUCGCCUCUCGGCUGGACCCGUCGGGUGCGCGAUCUAUUGGCUACUUACUGGCCCGGACGAGGUUGAGGACACAUUGGAUCCGCUGCAUGCCGCUAUAGCUGGAGCUGCUGGGGAGUUGGUGCUAUCUAUACUUGGGUACGUGAAGAAUCGGCUGAAGAGGCGGCCGGUGGGCGGCGAGCCUAUCACGAAGGACACCCUGCCUAUGUGA